AUGAUUGUCACAAGUGCUGGCUUUAUAUAUACAACAUAGAUAUCAAUUCAAAUAAUUCAAGGGAUCUGCUUAGGUCUUAAAUGGGUAGCUGGAAAUAAAUACAUUUCAUAAUGUGCUACAGAAGAAACUAAAGGUUUUUACUUUGGUUUAUUCUGGGGAAUUUUCAUGAUAUCAAUGGUAUUUGGUAGUUUAAUGGCAGCAUUCAUUUCAAUCCAUUUCAAGUAGACUACAUUUGUAUUAAUAAUGGCUGGUAUAGCUACCUUAUCAAUAAUAGUUUUUUCUACUCUACUUGAUCCUAUUCCUUAAGAAAGAUAUUUACCACUAGAUAAUUUGAAAGAAGAGGAUGAAAUAUAAAUAUAGAAUAGUAGCGAAAGGAUUAAAAUCUUUAUAAAGUGUGAAAAUUACGAAUCUAUUCCUCAAAAUCCUGACUCAUCAAACGAAUACAAUUUCAUCAGCUGUUAAGUUUAUGACUAAAGUAAAAAAUAGAGAUAAACUCAAAUAUCCUUGAGAAAAGAGGUAGCAUAAGUUUUGCGACUCAUUAGUUCUAAAAAGAUGCUGCCUUUGAUUCCAUAGCUAAUAUGGCUAGGAAUAAGUAUUGCUGUUUAUUCAGGAUUAUUUUUAAUUAUCAUUAUUGAUACAUAAUCUAUUGGAGAUGACUAAUAUAAAUUUUCCUAGUCAAUGCUUACAAUGGUAUCAUUUGGAAUUGGUGAAAUAGUCGGUAGUCUAGUUUCUGGUUUUAUGAUAGAUAAAUACGGAAAUAAAAAGACUGUUUUGUUAAAUAUUCUUUUGAUCUCAAUUCAAACUAUUAUAAUGAUAAUCUGUAUGAUAGACUAUAGAUUUUCUUAUUUUUCCUACUUCUUGACUUUCACUUGGGGAUUAUAAGAUAGCUCAACAAAUACCUUAUCAGUUGAAAUUCUUGCCUUUGAAUUCUGUAAUAAUUCAUAAUCAAUUGGGAUAUCCAAUAUCGGCUUAGCUAUAGGCUCUUUAAUCUUCAAUUUUAUCUAAGGAUUUAUCAAAGGAAAAGAAUAGUAUUUGAUUUAUACAACUGUUAUUGGGUUUCUUGGAAUACUGUGCAAUGUUUCGACAUUAUUUUUCAAAUUUAAACCUAUGCCUAUACACCUUCAAAAAUCUAUGAAAUCAAUGAAAUCUAAUGGUGAUUUUUAAUGA